GGUGGCGGCAGGGCGGCGUGGUGUAGGUGUAUCGUGGCCCCGCCCCCUGAAUCAGUGACUCACUCGUGUGACUGGUGGUGUUGAGAGCCUGGCAGAGGUGCUGCCCCCCAGCCUGGCGUCCGGGCUCCCGCAGACCGGGAUAAAGUUUGUGCCUGCCCCUCAGCCUGCCUCCCGCGGCCACGGGCUGGUGCUGGUGUGGCCGCCGCUUCUCUCUUCGUCUCUCUCCAAGGUGUCACAUCGGUCUUGAUAUGUGUUGACACGGGGGCUACACACCAUCCCUUCUGUCCCGCUUGUUCUGGAUCUGGAUCUAUGAUGCGCAGGGCACCUGUACAGGAAGUGGUCAGGGCAGAGGUAAUGUGAGGCAGGAUGGAGGUGUCCCAGCAAGUGAUUGAGGUGGCCAGUCAGCUGACCCAGGCCAUCAACACCACCCUCGACCCCUCAGUCCCUCAUGCUGUCAGACUUGCCUCCUACAACCUAUUGGAAAAGGUGAAGGAGGAAAAUGAGCUGGCCGUGGGGUGCGGCUUCUACCUGGCCCACCGUGACCGGGAGUCUGUCGUGCGCCACCUGGGACUCCAGCUGCUUGAACAUGCCAUCAAGUAUAAGUGGAAUGACUUAUCCGUCCAACAGAAAGUCUAUAUCAAGGAAAAUUCAAUGCAGUUGGUUGCAGAAGGUACACUUGACCUGCUCUCUGAGCACCUCUAUGUAAAGGAUAAGGUGUCUCGGUUGGUGGUAGAGAUGAUGAAGCGAGAGUGGCCCCAGCAGUGGCCAGGCCUCCUGGAGGAGCUCCACCUCCUGUCUAAGAGAGGACCCACACAGACAGAGUUGGUGUUGUUUGUGUUCCUGCGCAUUGCUGAAGAUGUGGCAACCUUGCAGAACUUGGAAUCCAACCAGCGGCGGCGUGAUCUCUACCAAGCCAUGACGGCCAACAUGGAGAGUGUUUUUGGCUUCUUCCUGUCUUUGUUAGAAGAAAACUACACACAGUACAAAGCCCACGUUGGCAACCAGGACUCCAUGACUGCCCAUCGCCACUGUCGCGUUAUGCAGGUUGUGUUAAUGACCCUCACAGUGUAUGUGGAGUGGGUGGCAGUGCAGUACAUCUUCACUGAGGAUGGCAAGCUUCUUCACUCUCUGUGCUUCCUGCUGAGCGAGGACAGUGUUAAAAAGGAGGCCGCUGAGUGUCUCCUGCAGAUUGUAAGCCGGAAAGGCAAACCUGAUGAGAGGCGUCCCCUGUUGCUGCUCUUUGGAGAGGUCCCCAUGUCGGCAGUGUUCCAAGCUGCCGACCAGGCUGUGAUGGGCCCUCUCGGCGAACACAACUACAGGUUCUUGAAGAUACUCACACAGGUUCUCACAGGUUUAGGCUCCCAGCUUUGUACUCUGUGGGGCAAGGAAGCGGAGGUUGGUGAGCCGCCAAACUUCAGAGUGUACCUGGACGCCAUGCUGGCCUUCACGCGCCACCCCAGCCUCCACAUCUACAACUACACAAACUCCUUAUGGGGUCAGCUCUUCCGCCAUGACCAAGUUCCUCAUAGCAAGACUUUACACUCAAUUCUUCCCACGUGGAUCACCAUAGUCUCGCAAAAGGUGAUGAAACAUGGAUAUCCCUCCAAGAGUGACUCCGACAGCUGCCAGUAUUCCCUGCUGGACUUCGACAGUGAUGAAGAAUACUCACAUUUCUUUUAUAAGGUGCGCUCUGAGACUCUGGAGACGAUCAAAGCUGCGUCCUUGCUGGCCCCAGACAUCAUGUACACCCACGUGGAGAACUGGCUCACCUCCCACGUGAAGAAGACCGCCAGCACACCCACAUCGGAGAAGCAGCUGUGCAACCUCUUCUCCCCGUCUUACCUGGAGUGGGAUGCGCUCUCUCAGGUGGUUGAAAGUGUGAUGAGCCGUGUGAUGCAAGGCAAAGGAUGGAAGCCGUCAGCAGAGAGUGGACUCAAGCUUCUCCAGUUGUGUCUGACUUACGAGACAACCGACCCGCUCAUCCUGUCCACCCUGCUGUCCUGCAUCUCGGGGCUGUUCAUCUUCAUACGCCUGGUACCGAGCGUGCUGCCGGACAUCCUGAAUAAAAUCUUCUCUGCCCUUACCUUCUCCCUCCCCGGGCAGACGAAGGAUUCGCGUAGCAGGGCUGUGAAAAAUGUGCGAAGACACGGGUGUUCGCUGAUGGUGAAGAUCGCCCGUGGCUACCCAGACACACUCAUUGAAGCUUUUGACUUCAUUAACGGUGUGGUUGACAGUUUGUGUCACAACCCGCAGGAACUCUCACAGAUGGAGAAAGUGACCCUUCACGAAGCCCUUUUGAUAAUAAACAAUCAUUUUCAUAAUUUUGAGAAGCAAAGUGCUUUCAUAGGUAAGGUGUUAAGUCCAGUGUCUGUGAUUUGGGUGGAGAUGAAGCAAGCAUUCAGCUCGCCUCUAGACUUCAUGUCAUUCGUGGGUCUGGACAAAGCGCCAGUCGAACCUAGUGAGAAUGAUGUGAAUGGCCAAAACAGAGCUCAAAUUAUCUUCUGUGUUAACCUGACCAUGGCUGUGAUAAAGCGCUCAGAGUUCCCUUCACAACCUGACAUAGCCGAGCGGGGAGGCUUUGUCUUGGAGAAGACGGAAGGUGGAACGGUGGUGUGCCGGAAUCCUGCCACCCCCCACAUCAUGCCCCUCCUCCACCAGCUGUUCUGCCUUGUUCGACUCUUCAACUGUCUAUGGCAUCCAGAAGCGAUUGCCAAUGUGUCCGUGGGGUACGCCAAGGCCCACAACCUGCCAGAUGCUGAGAGGAAUAACAUCUUGGGUCUUGCAAAUUCAAGCAAUACUGAUCCUUGUGUUGAUUCCCCAAAGGUACAACAGCCCCUCGAGAGAAUGCAAUACUUCCUCUCCAUGAUGCACGACAACUGCUAUCACAUCCUGGGCAACGCUGGCUCAUCCCUCGGGCUUGAGUUCUACCAGCAUCCACACCUCACAGACUACAUCAUCCAUUCCUCCUUGGCAAACUUGGCCCUCAUACCUGACUACCGCCUCCGUCCCAUUAUACGCACAUUCCUCAAGCCUUUCGUUCAGUGGUGUCCGCCGCAGUGCUACCAGACAAUACUGCUGCCGAUCCUCAACCAUCUUUGCCCUUACAUGCUGGAGAGACUGAGUAUCCGUUGGGGGCAUCUGAGCAGCCUAAUAGAGAGUGGCUCCUACGAAGAGGAAAACACAGACACGCAGGAGAUGCUGGAAGACCUGCUCAUCCGCAUGCUGACCCGGGAGUACAUUGACCUGUUGAAAGUAGUUUUAAUUGGUGGUCCUCGAGGCGGGUGGCAGCAAGACAACAGUGACGGCAUGGAGGCUGAGAUGGAGGUGUGCUCUGCUCUUCCAAUAACAUCUGAAGCACUGUCUGAGCUUGGCCAGCUGGUGUUGGGCUGUGAUACUAUAUGCCAGGCUAUUGUUACUACUUUACUCAAGGUGCUAUGGUGGCAGGACAGCGGGGCGUGUCUGAAAGCUGUGGGCGUUGUGGGCCAAGUGUUGAGGUGGCUGUCAGGAGAGGGCCAACACCUCAGCCCUGAAGCAGUGCAGCAAGUCAUGAUGGCUGUGCUACACGGCCUCCACACCCAUGGCCAGCACGAUGCCAACCAAAGUGCCCUCCUCUCCCUUGGACUAGCCACUUACGAGAUGUUCAGACCGAACUUCCCGAAUAUCAGAGAGGUGCUCCUUAGCCUCCCUGGAGUGACUGCAGAGGAUGUUCAGCGCUUUGAGGAGAAGCUGCAAGCAUCUGGCCAAAACCCUGCCAUGAAGAGUAGCAAGCUGGAGAAAGUCAAGAAAGACAUCUUCAAGAAACUGAUCAUUGAGAUUGUGGGACGUAACAUCGGCCAAGCCUUCAAGAAAGAGGUCCACAUGAACAAUCUGCCCCCAAUGUUCAAGAAACCUCGGCCCAAGCAACCUCGAGUAGAUGACACCGACACAGACAUUGGACUAUGCUCACUCUUUGGACCGGAAGCUGCAGACACGAAUGGCCACCAAGUUACAUAGGAUUUGCAGCUGUAGUUUAUGCCAUAAUUACCCAUUUAAAAGCUCCAGGAUGUGUUUUGGACCAAUUUUAAGAGGCAGCAUCUAUGGGGACUUCCUGCACCUAUAGAUUCUGGGCUACAAAUUCUUAGUAUCCAAUAAUUCACCUGAUAUCCUGAUUACCUGUUGUGGAAAGAAAGUAUAUUUUCUUGAAGUAAGGUUUUGAUAGCUCCACUACAAAAGCUUUCAUGUAGCCUGGAAUGGUACAUCUUAUCCCACCCUUCUUCUUCUUUGCCUUAACCUCUCAUGGGGUCAGAUACCCUUAUAUGUUAUUGCCAGCAGCUUCUGUCUUCUACACCCUCUCAAUUCCAUCCAUGUCCUGGUCCUCCCCUUGUUCUAUCUUACCCACCCUUCUUUGACUUAAUCCAUUCUCUUAUUUGUUGAUGUUGUUUCUGUCUCCUGCAUCCUCUUCCUUCAGACCCAACUGCCUAUGUCUCAAAUCCAUCCUAUGUCCUAGUCCCCUGUCUUCCCCUUGUUCUAUCUUACCCACCUUUCUUCCUUGCCUUAAUCCCUUCUCUUAUUUGUUGUUGCCAGUAGCUUCUGUCUCCUGCAUCAUCUUCCUCCAGACCCAACUGCCUCAUGUCUGUCAAUUCCAUCUGCUGACCUGAUCCUCUGUCUUCCCCUUGUUCUAUCUUACCCACCCUUCUUCUUUCCCUGAAUCGCUUCUCUUUGUUGUUGUUGCUUCUGUCUCCUGCAUCCUCUUCCUCCAGACUCCACUGCCUCGUAUCUCUCAGUUCCAUCUCUCCACCUGAUCCUCUGUCUUCCCCUCAUUCUUCUCCCUUCCACCCAACUCAUCCUUGCCAUCUUUAAAGGGUCAACCUCCUCCAUCCUGAUCACACGACCCCACCCACCAAGUCACAGAUCUCUUCUCUACUUACUAUACAACCUUCCUUGCCCCCUCCCACCUCCUCCACCUGACCCCAAUCACCUACUUUCUUCACAUCCCCUUACUAGAAGUCACUAUUGCUUGAUCACACUAAGCAAAUAGACAAUAUUGCUGUUUCUGAGGGUCAUUUUAUUUCUAUGGCUAACAGCAGUAUUUUUUUUCUCCCAUUACUUAUCAAAAGGGAUGGUUGGCUAUCUCUUUGGGACCCACUGCCAUAUAUGUUUUUUUUUUCCCCUUAUUCACUAUCUCUCCCACUACUGUGUCAUCAUGUGCUGAGGGAAAGAUGCAGAAACCUUAGCAACUCUGUAACCACAAUCAAAUUCUUUCACAGGCAAAUUAUGUGCCACACAAUUACUUUUUUUGCCCCUUCAUCAGUUUACCUCUAAUUUUUUUCAUUGCUCUAAAGUAAUUUUCUAGUCUUCAUUUUUUUAUAAAUUUAACUUAAAUGUGAAAUAAUAAUAGUACCUCUUAUUUUUAGAAGUUAUAAUUUUAUCAGAAAGACAAAAAUCUUCUCCUCUGUGUGAGAUCACUUAAGUAACAAAUUCUUUUAGGUUAGUGAUAAUGUAGUUUCAUCUUUGUAACCCUGAAAUGUGUUACUGUCAAACAAUCUAAAUGAAUGGAGUUUUAAUUGCAUUGGAAAAUUACUGUACUAUUGGAAUAAGUGUAAACUAAACUAAUAUCUUGGGAAAUCAGAACCAGAUGGUUUCAAAUUUACUCUUGGGUGACAUUAGCAAGACAUAUAAAAAAAAUACUGUCAGUUUUUAUCUAAUGUAAAUGGAUGGAGGUGAUUGUAAGCAGCAUAUGGAAUUUUGUAAUUUGUGACUUUGUUAUAAAAUGUUUAGCGCUAAACUGAGUAAACACAGUAUGAAUAUUCUUCCCUAAGUGUCUCAAGACAAGAAUUCCAACUAUUUUGACAGGCUGAAUUGACUGCCUUUGAUGAAUUUUCAUUUAGGGAAAAUAUUCUAGUCCUUUAAGCAGCCAUUUGUGCAAGUGAGAUAGCUAUUCCUGAAAAUGGAAGAUGUGAAAGCUUGAUUGGCAGUUUAAAACAAUUCUGAGUGCCCCAAAUACUUAGGACAAACUUUCCGUAUUUGUACCUGUCAAUUUUAAAUUUCAUAACACGGAAGAGAUGCUACAUGUUAUUGUCCUUUCACUUCAAUCUGCAGCUUUACAGCUAUUUUAAUAAUAACACUUUGUUUGGCGAAAGGUUUGUUUGAAUCUUGCCGAGGCAGCCGACAUCAUCAAGGUUUUGUCCUCGAGAAUCAGUACAAUGUCUUGCUGGAACAAAAAUGUGAGGAAAGUGCUGCUUGAUUUUGUUCAUAGGAGAGCAGACCAGUGUGAAGGGUAGUGUUGCAGUCAGUCAGUAUGGCUGAUAGUCCCUGACAUCCUUAUACAAUACUGUUUCCUCUUCACAGACUGUUGAAAACUAUGAAAAGCAAAAUGUAUUUUCACAAUGAAAUACAUGUAUUAAUGGUGAA